AUGUUUGGAUGCUUAUUCUUACUAGUGGGACCACUGGUAACGUUUGUCGUAUUGCUAGUGAUUACUGUGGCAUCGUUUGGAGGAUCAUUGGGGAUACGUGAAUUGUACGUCGGAAUAUUGCUACGCAUAUUUGAGUGGGGAUCUAAAAUCUCCCACAACUACAACUUAGAUGAGCCUUCAGAAGACUCGCCAUCCCCUACCUCUCCUGCACGAAUAAGAAAACGACAUUCAUCUGGAGAUCUUGGCAUUAUUGAACGCGAAAAAUCGGAACGGAUGGACUCCAAACUCCAUUCUACGGGUGAACCUGAACAGCGGAGAACCACCGUUAGCGUAGUUGUAGAUGACAGUAUCGAGUUUAUAACGGCUGGAAUUGAAGCCGUUAUCGAGGAUCUUGUGACGAGUCGUUUCCGGGCAGAGCAGCUCACAUCGUGGAAUCUUCUUACCAGGACACGAUAUUCCUUCCAGUACAUAAACUGGAAGCUAUCCUUGCUAUGGGCAGCUGGUUUCCUAUUCCGCUACCUUAUUAUUGUUCCUAUUCGAAUAAUGUUGUUUCUUCUUGGAAUGACCACUAUGUGCGGGAUCUGUUACAUGGUAGGGCAUAUUCCUAAUGCAAAAGUCAAGAAGUUCCUCAAUCGACAAGUUAUGCUUGCGUCAAUGCGUGUUUUAUGCCGUUCAUUCUCAAGCAUAGUUCGUUUCCACGAUAGGGAAAAUCGUGCUAAAAAAGGAGGUAUUUGUGUUGCAAACCAUACCUCACCAGUUGACAUUAUGAUUCUAAGUUGUGACAACUGCUAUGCAAUGGUUGGACAGAAACAAGGAGGAAUUCUCGGGUUCAUCCAAGACACGUUAAGCCGUGCUGAAGACCAUAUUUGGUUCGAAAGAAGUGAAGCUGGGGACAGGAAAAAAGUAACUCAGAAAUUACGAGAACAUGUAGAGGACGAGAACAAGCUGCCCAUAAUCAUCUUCCCUGAGGGUACCUGCAUUAAUAAUACAUCGGUUAUGAUGUUCAAAAAGGGAUCAUUUGAGAUUGGCAGCACGAUCUAUCCUAUAGCGAUGAAAUACGACAGCCGGUUAUCAGACCCGUUCUGGAAUAGCAGCGCACAAUCGUACGGCGAAUAUCUGUGGAGGAUGAUGACGUCAUGGGCAACCAUUUGUGAUGUAUGGUAUCUGCCUCCAAUGACCAGAAAGGAAGGUGAAGAUGCGAUUGCGUUUGCCAGAAGAGUGAAAAAGGCUAUUGCCAAAAAAGGUGGACUAGUUGAUCUCGAAUGGGAUGGCGCUCUUAAGAGAGCACGGGUUUCCGAUAAGUUGAUAAAACUACAACAGAAGCUUUAUUACGAUCGAUUGACUAGAACAACAUCAAUAAAUGACAUGGUUGAUGAAGCUAUGAAGUCAGACGCGUUAGAAGUUAUACAGUCGAUUGACGAUGAAAAUCGUAAUGAGCUGUUGAAUCAAAUACACGAAACUGACGACGACGCUGUCAUCAUUCGAAAGGUUAGUGCAUACAAACAAGACAUGCGAAGAUUCUCCGAAGCGCGUUUACCGACAGUAGAACCAUCAUGGAAGGUCUGA